AAAGCACGCGCAUCUCUUAAAGCCGCACCGCAGUUCCACUCCCGUAAAGUCUCUACCCACACACUCAGCACCACACACAACCGCAACCAUGCCCAAAUCCAAGCGAAACCGAAUCAUCCACACCUCAGUCGUGCAAAAGAAACCCGCCAAAGAACGCAGCGAAGCCCUCUACUCCGCCAUCCAAACCGCCGCAGACGAAUAUGGCCACAUUUUCGUCUUUGGCGUGGAAAAUAUGCGCAACACAUACUUGAAAGAUGUUCGACAACAUUUUGCCGAUUCGAGGUUGUUUUUCGGGAAGACGAAGGUUAUGGCUAAGGCGUUGGGGAGUUCGAUUGAAGAUGAGCAUGCGCCGGGAUUGCACAAAUUGAAUAAGUAUUUGGUGGGGAAUGUUGGGUUGUUGUUUACGAAUCGGGCGCCGGAGGAGGUACUUGAAUUCUUUGAAGGAUUCAUCGAAGUGGAUUUUGCGAGGGCGGGAGUUGUUGCGACGAGGACUGUGAAGGUUCCGGCUGGGGUGGUGUAUUCAAGAGGUGGGGAGGUUGCUGUUGAGGAUGAUGUGCCGUUGCCGCAUAGUCUUGAGGUUAUGGUGAGGAAAUGGGGCAUGCCGACACGAUUGGAGAAGGGGAAGGUCGUGCUUGAUCAGGAGUUUACGGUGUGUUACGAGGGCAAGGAGCUGAAUAGCCAUCAGACGGCAUUGCUGAAGCUAUUUGGCGUGGCUUUGUCGGAGUUCAAGGUGGAUGUGCAGGCUUACUGGAGCGCGGCUACGCAGGAGGUCACCGAGGUGGAACGUAAGGAUGAGAAUGCGAUGGAGGCAUAAUGGUCUGUGGCCUCUCGUUUUAUGGCACUUGGUACCCUGGCCUUUCAUUCCCUUCCUACAUCGUUGCGUACAAGCAGUGAGCAGCGCAAAUGGGACGCUGAGCAGAAAGCAUGUAGUUAUUUGCACGGGCGGAGUUGGGCGCAAGACA